AUGGGCUUCACAGAACUCUCAAUAUCACCAGGUCUUGUUUUUGCUCAGAAGCAGUUUCAUAAAGGUGGGGAGGGCAACGAGAAGGAGGUGGACAUGAAAAAGAAGAAAAAGAUGAAGGAGGAGAAGGAGGAUCAAACAAGGGAAGCUACUACAAGGGAAUCAUAUCAUAACAAAAUGGCUUCGUUGGUUGAUCUUCGUCCGAAAAGAGAGUUCAUAAAUCCGAACUUUGACCACUAUCAACUGUCCCUUGACAAAAUUCCCAAACGUGAAAUUCCGCUCGAUAAAAAUGUUGAUGUGGCGAAACCACCAGAGAUGAGCUUUUCAUCUCACCAUGCUAAGCUGUACAGUGUUCAUAAUCACUUGAUUCCUGAUCCUUGGGAUCCUCUGACUGUUUAUUACUGUGACAAAGAAUGGAACAUCUGGAAAAUAUCUGUAACCAGUACAACUGGAGCACUUGGAGGAAUGCAGCUUUCAAAGCCAGAGUUGAGGGAUAGUGUCUUUCAGGUGCCAGAUGCAGCAAAUCUCAGACUCAAACCAGCUCGAUUCAAUGUCUCUUUUGGCUUUCCUGGUGAAAGUCUGGCGCUUGUUGUGAAUGGGAUUGACACGUUUUAUCUGCUAGACUCCCAGGAUCGACGCUCUCAGAACAAAUGGAAGGUUUUGCUCAGUGGUGCUCUCCCCAUGUCAGGACAGGCACACCAGCUUGUGGACUGUGCUCAGUGGAAGGACGGAGAGAACGACCGGGUGGAGCUGCUGGUGGCUGCUGUGGAGGAACUGGAGGGCGAGAUGAAGGAGAUGCAUGGCUCGCCCUUCAUCACUACACUGUGUUGGCUCACUCUUCUCUCAGUGGAUGGAAAAGCUUGGAGCAUUGAAAGGACACGCCGUCUUGAAUCUUCUCGACCAUUUGACUAUGCCUGCCUUGAACGUAAUGGAUCAGGGAUACACAUGAUUUCUCCCAAAGUGUACAAAAUGACAGAAGAUUCUGUGAAGCCAGUGGAAAACUCUGAGCCUUGGGAAAUGGUUGGAGAUGAAGACCCAGGAUCGCCCUUGUACACAUGGAAUCAAACAGCUGGAGAGGUGACUGUGCACUUGACCAUCCCUGAGGGGAUCACCAAGUCCAACCUCAGCGUGUCUAUCUCCGGCAGCAGGCUGGAGGUGUCUGUGAAAAAUGACAUCGAUAUGAUCAAAGGAGACCUCAAUGCCAGGGUGGAUGUGGAUUCUUCCACAUGGACUCUUGAUGGGCGAAGACUUGAGAUCUCACUACAAAAGGUGGAGGAAGAGAUGUGGCCGACUGUGGUAGUCGGAGACUCGCGGGGUGAGCUGGUCAUGACCCCAGAGCAAGUGGAGGCAAUCCAUGCGCGUCUGGCCCACCUCACAUCUGAACACUGGAAUGCAAAUCCUGACAAAGACAACAAACCGUACAACUCCCAGAUGUUGGAGGACUGUGACGCUAUAGACGAGGACGGCGUGAUCCUGACUCGCAUUGAUGGGGAGACUCACAGAGCUACACACAAGGCAAUGGCCAGUAACCAGUUUCUGUUCAGUGUGAGGAUCAAGCCAGAGACGCCCCUCGCUUUUUGCCUCCGCCACGAUGUGGAUGGGUUUAUCUGGCAGGCGACGGAGGAGGUCAAGCCUGAAAACUGCCCUUGGGAGCACGUCGGUGUCCUCAAUGCCUUUGGCUAUGUCAUGGCCUCAAAGCAGCAGCGGCGAUUCUGCUCAUGCUCUGAGGACAUGUCCACAGCGGUUAUUGCCGAUGCUCAGCGCCAUGUGUAUAUCUAUCGCCAGAAGGUCAAGGUGCUGUCUCCAGUGCGCAAUCGGAAGACGGGAGUGCAAAUCAACUCUGUGGCGAAGCAGCAAGUGCUGUCCUUGGACUGUAGUCCUGACACAGUCGUUGGAAUGCAGAUCACAAAUACAAAACUCUUUAUUCUUACUGAACAAAGGCUUCUGGUUUAUGCCUUAGAGGCAGAAGAGUGAAACCAGCGCUUCGCUUUCCUUUUUCAAAUUGUUUCUGUACAGCAAAGGCCUCUUUAUACUCUUUACGACAGUACACUUUUUGAAAAGGUUAUAUGUGUAUUAUGAAAGUUGGAUUUACUUGCCAGGCAAUGCCUUUUAGUGAACUGUGCACAUUAAAUAAGCUAAUUAACAAAAAUGUAUUUGGGACCAAAAUAUGUGAAUACUGGGCUUGUAGUAGCAGUGUACCACCGUACUUAUGAAUUGGCUUGUGUUUUUAUGUGAACAUAGUAUAGUAAUAAUAAAGACGUUACAGGUCGAGGUAUCCC